CAGCUGCGGCCGCCAUGUUGCUAUGGCGUUACUGUAUGGAAAAGAAAGGCAAUCACCGAAUGUCUGGGCUGUGAGUGAUGCGAGGUUUAGCUCGGGUGACUCCUCCAGCUCCUCUUAUCACAGUGGUGUCCACACCCUAGACCAUAUAUAGGUAGUAAUAGUAGCCCGUCGAACAGCUCCGCCCCUCGGCCCCGAGUCGAUGCAAUACGAUAGGCCGCAGUCCCGCCCGAGAGCUACCGUCGCCAACAGACGGCCUUGAGCUCAGAUGAAGUUCGCACUCGGCUUUUCGGCCACACGAUAUUUGGUCUGGCGCGUGGCCUGGAACGCAUCAGGAAAUAGCAGGGAACCUGGAGUGCUGGCGUGCAUCGCUGCACCCGUGGCUCCUGCACCAGUUAGAGUGGAGCGGUCUUGUUCCAUUGGCCGUGAUCCUUGCUGACGUAACGCACCACGCAGCCGUCCGCUUCCUGGCGGCAGGUGCGCCUGCUGCAAGUUUGAGCUCCAGCCCAAACAAGGCGUGAUGGUCGCCCGUCGCUGCGCCAGGCCCACGAUCACUCCUUCCACACCAACCGUCCAGCCAGCUGGGACCCAGAAUUUUCCUGUUGUUUGCACGCUCUUAUCUUUCUUAGCUUGCUUUGGUAUUUUUCUUCCUUUUUCGCUCCUUGUUUUCUUUGCGCCGUCUCCUGUACGAACACUUCUGCUGCCUCGAAAUGACUGGCGCAGGUCGCAUUUUGAGUUGAGACUGGAGCCGGGCAACAACAGGACCCUACCACAGGCGUCGUGUUGCUUUCCGUCCCAAUUUUGCUCCCAACGCCGCCCUGCACUUGCCCAUUCCAUCAAACCGCGCGCCUCAAUUUAGUCAAUUCGCUACUUGGCUACCUAGGUGCUUACGGCACCCAGCGCCUGUAUUUAACUCGCCGACCUCGCUCCCACAAUGGCUUCCCCAAGCUCCCCUCUCGCCAUGUCCGACGCCGACGCCCCCAGCUCGCCCGUCCGCCCCGACAAGUCCUUCGCGACAAACGACGACGACGACAUCAGGAUGCCCGACGCAACUCCCGAGCCCGUCGAAAAGUCGCAUCGCGGCAAGGGCGGUCGCGCUGCCAACGCUUCGCAAACGCCCCAGCAACAACCCGUUAUCGGGAAAAUCCGCCAUCUCAAAAAAAACGAUGGCGAGCCUUUGUGGCGCGAGGACAUCCAGUACGACUUCCUCAAGGCCGUCUUCGACGACGAGCAGAAAGUCUUCACCAACAGCUUCGAGCCCGAGCGUCUUGGCAAGCAGAACUUCGCCGACCUGUACAUCGACACCAUGUCGAGGAGCAGCAAGACCAGCAAAGUCCUACGCGACAAACUGCUCAGCGAUCGGGAUGCCGCCAAGGGCAUGGCCAUGGUCUGCCUGCUCGUCAACAUCGGCCGCAUGAACACCACGCUCAACUUCUUCCCUGAAAUGCGAGCCCAGCUCCGAACAUACCACGCCAUCCCAUCGCUUCAGGCCAACCAAGAUAAUAACGCCUACAAGCAAUUGCAAGAUGCGCCAAGGUUAAAAUCUAUUCUCAAGGGCGGCGCCGAGGAUCGCCCAGAGCCCAACACACUAGACAAAAUCAAGGCACAGGAUCUCCCACGCACCAAUCCCGUCAACCUCCUUUUUGUCAUCAUCCAGAACGCAACCAAGAUCGCCGAACUGCAUUUCCCUGCGAACCACGAGUUCCACGACCUGGUCAUGAAGACGCAGUAUACCAGCGCUUCUCGAGCGCGCGCGUUUCUGUGGAUAAUAUGGUUCUACCUGGAGUCGGAUUUCACAGAAGAGGGCUGCGAAGAGAAUCCCUUUGGUCCUGGUGUGGAUUACGGGCUCGACGUCGCGAAUCAGGGAGUGCCGCAGCUGAAAUUGAUCAAGCCAGGCGACCCCCCUGAAAACAUCGACACACCCGAGGAGAAGGAAUUCGGUGAGGAGAAGAAGAAAAUGCGAGCCAAGAUCAUCGAUGCCGACAAGGCUUUCAUCAACGACUCGCAGAGCAAGCGUGGCGCCCGACCUCGCACCUCCUUCCUGGCCAACGGCGUCGACGACGUGCUGGCUGCAGGCAGCCCGAGCGUCCUCCCUCGUAUGCGCCCCUCGCGCAAUGAGUCGGAUCUGGAUAGUACCCGGUCUACUCCACCGCGAUCGGUGCAGCGCCAGCUCGCAGGCCCUGUCAGUGGCGCUCGUCGUCCUGUCGCCCUCAAGUACCAGCUCUACGAAGGGGCUUCUUCGCCAGCCCCUGGCGGGCCCGGGGGCUCGAGCGCCCCGACCAUCGAGGGCGUGGUCGCAGCGCGCAAGCCUCGUCCCCCAACAGCCCACCAGAUCGCGGUCGAGAACAAUAGGGCUCAACGUGUGAACCACAUAAUCGAUCGUGGCGUUCGCAAGGCUCACCAUUACGCACGCAAACAACGGCGCGCGGAUGGGGCCAUCUUCCGUGCCGUGCGCCGCCUUCGUGCCGCCACGGACGACGAGCACCCUAUGAUUCCCGAUCCUGUAGACGACAGUGAGGGAGAGGAAACGAUCAUGGAGAAUCAACGCAUCAUGCGAGCCGGGGUUAACCAGCCCGAUCCAGCGUUGCAUUGCGGCACAUAUCACGGCAAAAAGACUCCGUACAGGUCUCGCGGCUUCGGCGGUCUCUGUCUGCUACUGCGUGAGGAGGAUGACGACUUCGGCGAGGAGGUGGCGGCCUAUGCAGCUGUCUUUAGGCGUGCCACCCGGAGGCUCGACCGGUGGCACGAGUCUGGGCCCAACAGUGUGAUCCGGCCCAUCAAACGACCUAGGGUUGUCUUGCCCGACGACGAAGGGGGACUUAAUGGGAGGGACCCCAACGAGACCGAGGAUGAGAUGGACCAGACAAUGGACCAGACCAUGGAUCUCACAAUGGACCAGACUGCGCUCGGGGGCGAUGUCUCAAUGGCAGAUACGAUUGGGGAAGAGGAGGAUUUCACUAUCGAUGCCAACUCGGUCCUCACGCCGCGGGGACAAAUGCGACGGAAGCGAGGCACUGGCAAUCGAGUGGCGGCCCUUAACGGCUCUUCCCGUCGCCGAACAACGGGCUCUCCAGCUGCCAGCAAGAGGGGCAAGCCGGCGGUCAAUGGCACCUCCAACAAGCUCAACACCAAACGCACAGCCGACGCGGAGGACGGCGACGAACUCGAGGACGUGGACAAGCUGCUUUUGGGCAUUGCAAGUGGCAGUGAUGCCGAGGCCGGUGACGGCGAGGCCGGUGAUGGUGACGCCACGGACAAGGACAAUGCCAAGGACAGCGACGACGAAGGCGGCGACCUCAACGACCUUGACAAGACGCUGUUGGGGAUAGGCGACGAGGUCUCGGACUCGGACUGAGAGCCAGGACCAAAGCCUACGGCUUUGUCGCGUUUAUUUUUACUUUUAAACUUUGUAUAAUUGGUUUACGCCAUCUAGUUUACCCGGCGUUGUCUAGACAGUCUGCCGGUUUUCAGCAGUGAUUUCGGAUAUUGGUGGGAUGGACGUUGACAUUCGACAUGGGCGUCGACAGGGAGCGGCAGCAAUUUCAGCUCUCGGGCCCAGUGUAUGUUUAUAGCUUGAUUUUAUUUUUGAAUGCGAAAAAGUACCUCCGCCUCAGGCA